GUUAAGAAAUGGCAACAAAUUCAAGAUGAGUUAUGAUGGUAAAAUUCCAUACAAGUCUGGCUCUGUGUACCAUGGACUGCGUCUAGUAAGAGGACUUAGCGAUGCAGUCAUCAAAGUUCACAAUGAAGAGUUUCACAUUCAUAAGAUUAUCCUGUGCAACUGCAGCCCAUACUUUAGAGCCCUCUUCCUACGAUGGUCUACCCCAGACCAGAGGGACUAUAUCAUACACGGGCUUACCCCUCACUUAAUGCAGCUCUUCAUUGAUUUCGCAUACACCGACUCAGUGUCGGUCACAGAGGACAAUGUAAAAGACUUGAUGAUAGCCGCUGAUAAAUUCAACAUGACAGCCAUUGUUCAAACUUGCUGCACGUUUCUAACAGAGCAGCUCUGCCCCGAGAACUGCAUCGGCAUCUGGCAGUUCACAAAGAACUGUUACACCCCAGAGCUGCAGCUCAAGGCCUACCAAUUCAUCCUGUACCACUUUGAGGAAGUUGCAAACGCUGAUGAGUUGCGACAACUCUCUAUUCAGGACUUGUGUGAAAUCCUUGACAGAGACGACCUGAUAGUGAAAAAGGAAAACACAGUUUUUGAGGCCAUCCUCCACUGGAUUGCACAAGCACCAAGGGAACGUGGCAGAAACCUGGCGGUACUCCUAGCCCGAGUGCGUCUAGCGCUGACAAGUGAGGAGUACAUCACCAUCAACGUGCUGUCCAAUCACCUGGUGCAGAACAGCAGCAAAUGCCUGGACAUGGUUGCUUUUGCUACACGCGUGCUUCGUCACAUGACAACAAACUCUGUUUUUGGAUAUUUCAACCUGGUGGCCCGUCCUCGCCUACCUUCAGCCAUCCUACUGGCGAUCGGAGGCUGGAGUGGCGCAAAUCCAACACAUUGCGUCGAGGCCUAUGACGUGCACGCCAACAGUUGGAUCAGUUUUAUAGAAGAUAUGGAACAACCUCGCGCCUACUGCGGUGCUGCCUUUCUCAAUGACUGCAUCUAUUGUCUGGGUGGCUUCGAUGGCACGGAACAUUACAACACCGUCAGUCGCUUUGACCUGACCUCACACAGCUGGCAGGAAGUGGCACCCAUGCACUAUCGCCGUUGCUACGUGAGUGUAACUGUGCUGAACGGAUGCAUCUAUGCAUUAGGAGGCUAUGAUGGACGAGUACGACUAAAGACUGCAGAAUACUACAGACCUGAAACCAACCAGUGGACUCUUAUUUCCAGCAUGCACGAACUACGGAGCGACGCCAGCUGCACAGCCCUCAACGACAAGAUAUAUGUUUGUGGCGGUUUUAAUGGAAACGAACCCUUGCAAACUGCAGAAUCUUACAGCCCAGAGACCAACGAGUGGACAAUGAUAACGCCAAUGAGCAGCCGUCGCAGUGGCAUUGGAGUUAUUGGGUUUGCUGACCACAUUUAUGCAGUCGGAGGUUAUGAUGGUCAAACACGUCUGACUACUGCUGAGGCUUACAGCCCCCAGACUAACAACUGGUUUGUAUUGGCCCCCAUGGAUUGUCCCCGGAGCAACUUUGGCAUCGAAGUAGUUGAGGAUCGUCUCUUCGUCACCGGAGGGUUCGAUGGCAUCUCUACAACAAAGCUUGUUGAGUACUACGACCUAACAACUGGUAUUUGGUCUGCAGCCAGCGACAUGGGGAUCUCCCGUAGCGCCUUGACUUGCUGCGUGAUGACUGGGUUUUACAACAUGGCCCAAUAUGCUAUGCUUCGGGAUGAUCUGCCAUUGCUCUUUUUGGAAGAUGAUAUUAUGGAUAUAGAGGAGGACAUCUAAAUUGUAGAGUAAUUAUUUGUGCUGCCAAAAAAGUGAACCUGAACCAGCUUUUCAACCAAACGGAAAACUCCAAUAAACUGUAAAAUACAUCCAUUAUUAUAAAAGGAAAU